UGGAGACCUUUCGAGGAAGGGAGUUUCGCAUCUAAGCAGUAUACUCCGCGAGCAAGGAAAGUCGAGUCUUCGCCACUGAGCGCAUCUAGGCAACAGAAAGUCAAGUCUUCUCCGCCUUUAGCAGAAGCGAAGCCUGUUGAAACGAAGAGCAUUCCGACCUUGCCCCCUACUUCCACUGCCUCUAUCGAUUUACCGUUUCCUAAUGUUGAGGAUUUUGUGGCGUCAGUAACACGCGAUGCAGAGAUUUUGACUGUUAAAUCCGAAGACAUUCCGGAUACUAAGAGCUUCCUAGACCUCCCAGAGAUGCUUGAUGAAGACCAGAUGGAUUCAUUCCAGCAUAUUACUAGCGGCGAGACUGAUUCGAGUUUGGCAACCGCGGCGACUCGAGACCAAAUGCCUUGCGGGCUGUUUGAUAUUGUCAACGCAGACCUAUGUGUCUCAUUACAUGAUGACUCCGGGUUCCUAGACGAAAUGCAUGAUUUUAUCGACCCGAGACUCACCAGCGGUGCUUUGCUCCAUCCCGAACUUCCAGACAAUGGGAACGAAAAUGUGGAGGAGGUCGUCCGCCAUGACAUGAUGGAUCAGUCCUUGACUCGGCUCGAUACCGCAUCGUCCUCUAGUGGGUCAUCCAUCUCAAUGGAUCUCUUCAUGCAAUUCCUUGUCGAGCCGCGAUUCUCGCUUGAGAGCCAAGAGAUGAUCGCUUUACGCUUUGAUCGAGAUACAUGCGGCGUCUUAUCGGUAAAAGAUGGUCCAACGGAGAAUCCAUGGCGAACACUCAUCUGGCCUCUUGCUCACCAUUCAUCGGCACUAUACCACGCAUUAGCAUCGAUGACCGCAUUCCACACCUCGGCUGUGGAGAAGAAAUAUCGAUAUCAAGGCCUGCAGCAUAUGCGCAUGAGUCUCAGCGACCUAGCUAACAGCAUCGCGAAGAUUCCCACAGAGACCGCGAUUGCUACAACGCUGGUGUUGGCAUUCGCUGAGAGCUGGGACACUCACACCUCGACAGGUAUCAACCACAUCCGCGGCGCAAAAAUCCUCAUCGACAAUGCCCUUGCCGAACACCGCGCCCACCCGCUCGACCCCUCCAGUGCCUCCUUCCAGCGCCUCAAAUUCCUCUGCAGCACCUGGGUGUACAUGAACGUACUCGCGGGCCUGACCACUGACCAGAACACCCCCACGGCGUCCAACACCCUCAUAACCUCCAGCUUCGAUACCCACGGCUUCCCCCCCUGCAACCGCCCCUCCACCCCCACCGCCGAGGACUUCAACGACGCCGAGAAGUUCAUCCUCUCCACCUCCUCUCCCCCCUUAUCCGCCGGCUCCGAUGUCUCCCUCGACCCCCUCAUGGGCUGCGCCUCCAACCUCUUCCCCCUCAUCGGCCGCAUCGUUGCCCUCGUCCGCGAGGUCCGCAGCUCCCCGAACCCCCCAUCCGGCCGCUACUCCAACUCGCCCCGCAUCAUCUCCGCAGCGGUCGACCUCCGCGCUGCGCUGAAGCAGUGGGUCCCGCCCUCGUUCUUUGAGACCCCCGAGGACCCCACCAGCCGCAUCCAGCACAGCCUGCAGACCGCAGAGGCGUACCGCAUCGCGACGCUGCUGCACCUCCACCGCGCGGUGCCGGAGAUCCCCGCGCCGCCGGCGCUCGCGCUGGCGAAGAAGAUCCUGGAGCUGCUGGCGACGGUGCCGUUGGGGAGCCGGGCGGUGGUGGUGCAGAUCUUCCCGCUUAUGGCGGCGGGGGCGGAGGUGAAGGAUACGGAGGACCGGGAUUGGGUGGCGGCGCGGUGGCAGGCGAUGUGGGGGCGGAUGCGGCUGGGGAUUUUGGAGCGGAGCUUGGAGGUGUGUCGGGAGGUGUGGGCGCGGCGAGACGAGGUGGAGUCGCGGAAGGGGGAAGGGGAGGGAGGGAGGUUGGGGAGGGUGGUGCAGGAUAUUGAGGAACAGGGGAUGCGGAUGGGGAGGGGAGGGCUUGAGGGGGGAAAGAGGGGCCCCAGUAAUGAGGGUUGGGAUGAUGGGAGGACAGAUCCGGAAUAUAGCGUUCGUGGAUCGCUGCAUUGGUUAGGGGUAAUGAAAGAUUGGAACUGGGAAGGUCAGUACAUCUGCAUGGUUCUUUGUUCAUGUUUGUCACUAACCGGUCGACAGUAUUGCUUGGUUGAUAUCAAGACUAACGAAAAUCUACACGACGUUACGAGUAUUGUCCAGUAG